AUGUUGCUGCUAAUCACAUUUUAUCUUUCGGUGGCCUACUAUGGAGCUCACUGGGUGUCUCGGUCAUUAAGAGACUAUUCUAGGUGCCACGAGGAAUCAACACACAAUUUCCAGGAAUCGAUGCAAAAUCGACCCAUUAUUUCUUGUUUCAAUCGAAGUGACGACGAGAUUAGCAGAUUUUCGAGAGCAUUGGGCAGCUAUCUGAAUACCCAAUUACGAUGUCACGACAGAUUCUAUUUGAUUACCAAUACCUUGCGGAUACUCUUGGAAGUUGCAUUAGGGGCAGUUGUUUCUACCCUCGCAAGGGGCAUUAUUAGAGGUACUGCAUCACCUGCUACCUUUAUUGUCCUCGUUACUUACUGGAAUUCGAUAUCGGGCAAUCUCACCGGACUUACAGAGAGCCUUAAAAGGUUAAGGGCCAUUCUAAUUUCUGCUGAGAAGCUGCUUAGGAUUCUUUAUACGCAGCUCACCGUUAUCGAUGGAAGUAAGCAGUUACGCACACACAGUGGACACAUUUUAUUUGAAGACGUUUCGUUUUCGUAUAAAGGCCAGGCUGGCGAAGACCUUGCCAGUAGAGUCCGGAAUAUUACCUUCAAAGUUCCAGAUGGAUCGACUGUCGCACUGGUAGGCGAGAGUGGCAGCGGUAAAUCCACUCUUGCGAAUCUCUUAUCUCGCGGUGAUGACGUGGACAAAGGCGCCAUCAAGAUCGACGACCAGGAUAUUAAGGAUGUCACACUUUCCAGUCUGAGAGACGUAGUCGGGAUUGUCCAUCAAGAUCAUUUCAUCUUCGACCGCUCAAUUAUAGACAAUGUCAGAUUCGGAAGGCCUGAUGCAACAGAUGAUGAAGUGAAGGAAGUGUGCAAGGCAAUAGGACUACAUGAUAUGAUUAUGAAAUUUGAAGAGAAAUACGAGAAAAGAGUCGGUGAACGAGUUAACGGACUAUCCGGUGGACAGAAAUAG